AUGCCCCGAGAGGAGAGCCAAAGAAGACGCUGCUACAUCGUCGGCUCGUCCGUGGCCAGCUGGGCCAGCGCCGAGAGGAGCUGCUCUCUGCUGUUGAACAGCAGCCUGACCAGCGUGCGGUCCAGAAGAGACGUGGUCUGGCUGUGGAAGUUCACAGGGAGGAAGCCAUUUUGGAUCGGUCUGUCUGGGGGUCCGGGUCGCUGGAUGUGGGCUGACGGUCAGACGCUGUCCUUCUCCAAACUGAGGGCGUCCGAGUCCACCGUCGGCUCGGACUGCGUGCUGGUUGAAAACCCCAGAAGCUGGAUCUCCACAGGCUGCUCCCCCGAAACUCAACACACAUUCAUCUGUUCAUCGCCGGCUCACUCUCACUGAGAGACACAGUUACCGCUGUCGUCAUACCAACCUCUGUGUGAACAUGUUCAAUUCAUUUUUAAUUAUAUGUGAAGAUGCUGCUCUACAAUUGUUUUCACAUUUUUGUCAUAAUAAAGAUUGUUGCAAAAACACAAUGUAUUGGUCUUUGCAUUUUAGAUGCAGAUCAGUAGUUUAACAUGUUAAAUCCGUUUCAAAUACUGUACUUAAGCACUUUAUCUGGAUAAUUUCUUUUUUUAUGCCACUUUAUAAUUCUCAUCCACUACAUCUAUACUUCACUACAUUCAUUUGACAGCUUUAAUUACUUUACAAGCAACGGUUUUC